ACCCCAGGUGGUGCCAUGGACCCCUCAGAGCCCUGGCUGGGGGCUCAGGUGGGGGUUUGGGGCAGUUGGCACCCGGGGGUUCCCCUGGCCUUACAGGGGGAGCUCAGCCCAGCACGGCAGGUCAGGCUUCAUGGCCCCUCCAGCUCCUCUCCCACCCGGCUGCAGCCCGGAGCCCCCCAGGGCAUCCCCCUCCGCUGGCACCCCCCUGACUCUCCCCUCUGCCUCCCCCAGUCCAGGGACCGCAAAGUCCUCAGGGACUACAGCGCGGCCCUCAGCUACGGCUCCACCGCCAAGUACCUGAACCUCACCGCCCUGCUGCUCAACAUCAUCAUCGUCACCCUCCUCAUCGCCCUGCUUGCUACCGGCACCAUCACCAUGAUGAACGUCCUCCACCAGCAGCAGGAGCAGUACCCCUUCCAACGCCCCACUUAGCCCGUCCGUCGCUCCGUGGGCAGAGCAUCCCCCCCACGUUUGCCGGGAGCCCCCGUCACCCCUCAGAGCCAGGGGAGGAUGUUCUCCAUGCAGCCCCCCGAGAUUCUUGCGGGGGUCCUGUCCUGCUUUCCUCGCUGCUCAAGGUCCUAUAGAGCCUCCCCAGAAGUGCCUGGAGACCCCUCUCCUCUGGCAGGAGCUGAGCACCCCAAAACUGGCUGUAGCCAAGGGAAAGAGCUUUUCUGCUGCCGCUUCGCGCUCAUCUUGUAGCCCCAAGUGCCUCUAAGAGUAACCCUAAGGAGAAGCGCCUCGUUUGGAGAAAGCCUGGUUCAAAUAAAGGUUUCUUUCACUUUUG